AACAAGUCGUCCCCUAAUUGGCAAGCAAGAUGGCGAGGGCUGUUUUUGUGCUUUGAACUAGGCCGUUGAGCGCCGCCGUGCGGUUGUGUCGCGUUCCAGCUUCUUCCGCUGCUUCAGCUCGGGCAUGUGGCCUGCGCAGGAGUAGGUUUGUGUGAGAGAAAUAGAGCCGAAGCCUUGCUCGGGUGUAAAUGUGGCCGGUGUUUGUCGUGACGUCCACUCAUAACACGGGAGGAGGCGGUGGCUGCAGUCGGCACACCUAGCGGCCGGAGACGGGCUGACAUCUAGAGUUGGUUUAGUGGGAAAGAUGAGGAGCAAACGUUUAUGCUCAUCUGAUGCCAGAGACCAGCAACAUGAAGAAAAAGAUGGUGACGAAGGCAAAGGUGGGACUGGUGCCAGUACUUUAGCAUUAAGUUCAACUGAGAGGUGUCCAAUUUGUCUGAACAGUCUUUCCCCGGAGGUUGGCUUUCCAGAAGAUUGUUGUCAUGCUUUCUGUAUAUCCUGCAUUCUUAAAUGGUGUGAAACAUCCUCCUCCUGCCCUGUUGACCGCAAACCAUUUCAAACAGUGUAUAAAAUAGAUCCGGUUGGCGGGUGCACCAAGAUCCAUGUCGUGGCAAGAACACAAAAAGAAAAUUGCAGCUGUAAUCUGUGCCAGUGGUGCUGUACAAAAGGGAAGAUAUGCUUUAGAACGGAUGUCGUAAAGAAAUAUGCAAAUGAAGUCAUGACUAUUUGCGCAAAAGAUGGAUGCAAAGAUGAUGGAAUAACAGAAUUGCAGUUGAGGAAUCAGAGCUACGAUGGCCUUUGCUUGGCUGGUGAUUUUAUGGUUGCAUCCAUUUCUGACCCUGCUGAGAUAAAUCACAUUAAUAGUGCAGAAAUGGAAGAGACGAGCGAGCUGUGUUUGAUACAGCGGAAGAGGGAAGGGAUGAAACAUUUGAGGCUUCCAACUACAAUGGAAAGAAUAGAAAGCAAUUCCCUUUUUUCUGUUGAAACACUCAUCCACUCGCCAUCGUUUUUGGAUGACUAUAUAUUUACCAUAAGACCUUUAUCAGUCAGGAGCAAAGUUUUUUCCAAGAGAACAUGUGUUCAGUCCUGUGCUCAAGAAGGAACAGAAAAAAAACAAGCUGCUUCUAGUAGUAAAGGAGCAAGAAAAAAAAGUGUGCAGUCCACUACUAGAAGACGCUCAGCAAGAAACAGCAAAUCUGAUGUCAGUCAGCUUCAAAGCUCGCCAAAAUCCAGCAACUCCGAUAAUGAUGCAUCUGGUUGUAAUAGCUCUUCCACAAACACUUUGUCAACUGAUCAUUCAAAUAAACCACCUGCAAAACAAAGAAAGAGGGCACCCAAAAAAACUGCUCAAAAGAGAAAACGACUCAGGUCAGCAACACAAACUCAACGAGAAGCUGAUGAAAGUAAAGAUGAUUCUGAAAGUGAAUCGGAAAAAGAUGAGAAAAAGUUGAAGAUGCCAGAUUUGUCUGACACAACACAAUUUGAAGUGUCUAGGUCUCCUGUAAGCAGUCCUGAAAAAGUAAACCAACCAGUAGAUGAUGAUGAUGAUGAUGAUUCCUCUGUUUUGUCUCCCAUGGACCAGUCCACAGAAGAACACAUACCUGCAUCAUCACCUAUGCAAAACGAGGAAAGCUUUGAUAAAGAGACAUCUGCUUCUCCAGAACCUCAUAAUGAACAUUCACUUGACAAAGUGAAUUCACCGCCUUCUCCAAUAUUUACAAAUGGUCAGAGUGCAUUAGAAAAGAGUCGGCCAGAGUCCAUGUGUGGAAAUGAACUAGACUCAGAUGUCGAUUCUUCGCAAAAAUUAAGCACUGAAUUGGGGCAUUCUAUGCAGGCAGAGAAUUGUGAAGAUUGUCCAGGUUCUCCUCCUUCUCCUAAGUACACUGAUAAUGUCUGCUUACACAAGGAAUCUGCAUCUUCGGACUCAGAAAAUGAGUUGGGGGUUAUUGAAAAAAACACACUUUCUUCAACACUAUCUGAAGAUCUUCCUGAUUGUAUGGAGCAAGACAACUCUGGCAUUGGCCACACAGGUGUGCAGUCAUCUGAAAGCUUGAAUGGAAACCAGGCAAGCAGUUUCUCCCAGUCAGAAGCUGAACAUUUGCCAGAUUUAGACUGUUGUAAAGAAUCCUCUAAGGAUGAGGAAUCAACAAGUUUGCCAGCUGCUGAUCCAGAAAAGAAGUUUGACUUGGAACAUUCCCUUAGUUCAUCUGAUUCUUUUAAGGAGAAUCCAUCUGAAACUCCAGACCUUCCUAAAGUGCUAAAUGUGGAAUCCCCUCUGCAGGGUAGUUCUCUUAGAAGUGAUGAUGGUUUAGGUGAUGAAGUUAAUGGAGUGGAAAAUAGCUUGCAGGAACCCAAGCUGACAGAUACUAAAACAAGUGUACCGGGUGAAUCGGAGCAUGGGAGCAGUACUGAAAUUUCUGUAAAUAAAACACUGCUGCCUGAACAGUCUACAGCUGAGGAGGCCUGUUAUGUCGGUGAAGUAAAAGAUGAACUAUGCAGUGAUGUCCUACAAAAUGUACCUUUAGUUGGUAACAAAGUUGAAAGCAUCCUUGAUUCUAGUGCUGUGGCUGGCAGUAAAUUGUCUGAUAAUGCUGAUGCUAAAAAUAAAACUGAUCUUGACCAUAAAGAGCAGGUAGCUUAUGGUGAAGAUAAUACUGAAUCUGUAGCUAUGGAAUGCGAGUCGAUCUGUAGUGAUCGUGAAUCUGAGCAACAAACAAAAUUGACUGAAGCAGUUGUAACUGAACCUGGUUCUUCUGUUUCAACAAAAACGGAAGAAACUGAAUCCACUGAAAAACCUUCAGUGCCGCUUGGCGAAGAGGCGCAGAAAAAAGAAGUGCGUCCUCGAAGAUCUAGGUUCCACUCUCCUUCAAUAACAUGGUCUCCUACUAAGAGUGAAGUUAAAGAGAGGCCAAAAUCACGUUCUCCAACUAAAAAUAGAGACUCUCCUCCUAAACGCAAUUCUAGAUCCCGUAGUAAGGACAGAGAUCGGAAUACUAGUGAGCAGUGGAAAGGCAGAAGUCGAGACAGGCAACAUAGGAGGCAGUCUAGAUCUAAAAGUCGAUCUCGCUCAAAGUCAGGGUCGCAAAAUAGAAACCGAAAUAGAAGUAAUACUGCUGAGAGGAGCGAAAAAGACUCUCCGCCUUGGAAAGAGAGACGAUCAAACGACAGCUGGAAAAGUCCUAGGGGAAAUGAAAGAUACAGAAGAAAUGAGCAUGAAAAACCAAACGAACAUUUUAGAAUUGAUAAAUAUGACUCCAUGGCUUCAUCGGAGCAAUAUCCUGAAAAUAAAAAUGAACCGGAUUGGGUGUCAGAAAGAAUUAAAUCUUUAGACAGCAGAGGCAGGGGAGAUGGCUGGAUGCGAGGUGAUAGGAGAGGGUGGGGAGACAAUAGGGGCAGAGGAAGGGGAGAAAUUAGGGGAAGAGGGGAUUACAGAGGCAGAGGUGAUUUUAGAGGAAGGGGUGACCUUCGAGGUAGGGGGGAUGGACGAGGUAGAGGAGGGAACAGAGGAAGAGGUUCUCCUAGGGGCUGUAAUUGGGAUGAUAACCAGUAUAAUUCAGGUGAUUCGUGGAACAGAAAUGUGAACAUGGACUGGAAUUCACCCAGAGGCCGUGGUGGCCAUGGCAGAGGUGAUGGCAGAGGUGAUGGCAGAGGUGAUGGCAGAGGUGAUGGCAGAGGUGAUGGCAGAGGCGAUGGCAGAGGAGGUUUCAGAGGUGGUUUUAAUUAUGGAGACCAAAAUGAGAAUUAUUGGAACAAUAGACAGCCGCCCUACUCAGGAAAUUCUAAUGUUUUUGGGCAAGAGUCUACUAGGGUGCAAGAACAUCAAAAUUAUAAACCUAAAUAUGAGGAAACAUAUGAGUCACCUGUUGAUCGAUCUGGGUGGACUUCUGCAUCAAGUUGGGCUGUUAGAAAAACCUUACCUGCUGAUGUUCAGAGUUAUUAUUCAAAAAGAGGAAGAGGCGCUGCUGGCUCCCAGCAGCAGGGAUGGCCUAGACAAGAAGCAACUCAAGACCAAGACCAAGCCCUCAAAGAACAACCAAGUCAACAAACUGAAAGUGCUCCUAUGCCAGUCAAUAUGGUGCAGACACAAAUGAAUGUAGUGCAGCAACCGAUGACCGCACCCCCUGCACCUCCUGCUCCUCCUCCUCCACAGCCAGUGAAUAUUUACCCAUAUUCAGUGGGAGUACAUCCCCCCUUAGUGAGCAUGCAGCACAAUCCAUACAACAUUCAUCCUCCACUCCCUAUUCAUCUUCACCCACCAAUACCUCUAGUGCAGGUAUCUGCUCAAUCUAGCGUGCCUCAGGGAUUGCCCCCUCCCCCACCACCGCCACCGCCAUCUCAGCAAGUUGGCUAUGUUGCACCACAGCAAGAUGUAAAACCACAGCAGGCUAAUCCAAGUGUUUCCCACAUAAGUAAUAACUCUGCUGCACCACCUUUGCCUGCUCCAGCAGUAGCCCAAGGAGGGAUAGUGGGGCCAGUAGUUACACCAACUCCUGCUAGUGUGCCUGCAUCGAGUCAUGGCAAAAACCCAUAUGUUUCUGUAAAGCCUGCUCCUUGGAAGGAAACCGUAACAGUGGAAGCCAGUGCAGAUGGCUCCAAGAAGGACAAGAAAGUUCUAAUUCAGGAACGAGCAGCACAUGAAGUAAAAGGGGCUAUUAAACCCUACUAUCAAAAUAAAGAUAUCACAAAAGAUGAAUAUAAGGAGAUUGUGAAGAAAGCUGUUGACAAGGUGUGUCACAGUAAAAGUGGCGAAGUUGAUUCAGCUAAAGUGGCAAAUCUUGUUAAGGCGUAUGUGGACAAGUACAAACACUCUCGCAAAAAGGGGCCAGAUGACAAAUUUUGAGCUACAGAUCAUCAUCACUGAGGUCAUACGAAAGGACUGACAGUAAUUGUCAAAGUGCAAUUUCAGUGUCUUGACAGAAUUGUACACAACUGUGAUUGAAAUCGGGUUUUGAUACAAUUAUAAUUUCAAUGUAUGAUUGAUUACAUUUAGAGCUCCCCUUCUGAUGUUUUCACCCUAAAGUAUACUUAAUGAAUUUUUGUUUUUACUAGGACAAACAUGGUUAAUAAUGAUGUACAGCAUUUUGACUUAAUUACUUAUGUGUGUAAUAUUAGAGAAGUAAUUCUCAAUACUUGGCUACCAGCUGGGUGCUGUGUGUACAGUAUAUGGAAUCUGUUAGUUAAAAAUUCUUAUCAUGAGAAUCUUUGAUUGUGUUUUUCUUCUAAUCAUAGUGAGAUGUUUUUCUUGGCCGGUUUCUAGUCUAACUGGACGCACUGGUCUUUCAGUGUAGCCAUAAAGAUGUAUGUACCUCGGUAGAGAGUCUGUUUAGAAUACCCGUACGCUACUACUGCAACAUUUGUGUCCAACAAAUAUAUAUUUUUUUAAGAUGGACACCAACUAUGGCAACACCAAAUAAAUAUCAUGCUGCUUGUCUGCUUUGUCCUUUCCUUGUGCAAUGCAAUUUCUCUUUCUGAAAAUAUUGGAUAAAAACAAUCACGUCUUAUGCAGUAUGUCCAACAGUAAAUGUAUAAACCGUCAAUGAA